UCCUCCGGCUGACUGACCCGCCGGCAAGCAUCGCGGGUGCGGGACUACCUCGGGCGGCGGUGGAGCCAGGCACUGGGGAGCCUGGGGACCUAGUGGGUCCGCUCGCGGGCAGCGACGAACUGUCAUCCGUGGGAGUCGGGCACAGCUGACCACCACCGCCCAGCAGCUCGCUGCGAUGGUGGCUGGCGUGAACCUCCUGCUGCGCGCCCUGCCGUUGCUACUGUGGGGCUGCCAGGACGUACAGCCCACCCAGCACGGACACCCGGAGCUGCGCCAGGAGGCAGAGGCAUUCCUGGAGAAGUAUGGAUACCUCAGUGAGCAGGGUGCCAAAGCGCCAGCCUCCACUCAGUUCAGUAACGCCAUCAGAGAGUUCCAGUGGGUAUCCCGGCUGCCCAUCAGCGGCGUGCUGGACCAGGCCACACUGCGCCAGAUGACACUCCCGCGCUGUGGGGUUGCAGAUACUGACAGUCACACAACGUGGACAGAGAGGAUCAGUGCCCUGCUUGCUGGACAUCGAGCCAAAAUGAGGCGUAAGAAACGCUUUGUAAAGCCAGGUAACAGAUGGUACAAGCAGCAGCUUUCCUACCGCCUGGUGAACUGGCCCGAGCGCCUGCCCGAGCCAGCUGUCCGAGGGGCCGUCCGUGCUGCCUUCCAGCUGUGGAGCAAUGUGUCAGCGCUGGAGUUCUGGGAGGCCCCAGCCACAGGCCCUGCUGACAUCCGCCUCACCUUCUUCCAAGGAGACCACAAUGAUGGGCUGGCCAACGCCUUCGAUGGCCCAGGGGGCGCCCUGGCGCACGCCUUCCUGCCCCGCCGUGGCGAAGCCCAUUUCGACCAAGACGAGCGCUGGUCUCUGAGCCGCCGCCGUGGGCGCAACCUGUUCGUGGUGCUGGCGCACGAGAUCGGCCACACGCUCGGUCUCACGCACUCGCCCGCACCACGUGCGCUCAUGGCGCCCUACUACAAGAAACUGGGCCGCGACGCCUUGCUCAGCUGGGACGAUGUUCUCGCGGUGCAGAACCUGUACGGAAAGCCCCUGGGACGCUCAGUAGCCACCCAGCUCCCCGGAAAGGUGUUCACUGACUUUGAGGCUUGGGACCCCCACAACUCUCAGAGCAGACUCCCGGAAACCAGAGGUCCUAAAUACUGCCACUCUUCCUUUGAUGCCAUCACUGUAGAUGGGCAGUGGCAACUGUACAUCUUCAAAGGGAGUCACUUCUGGGAAGUCACAGCUGAUGGCAAUGUUUCAGAGCCUCGUCCACUACAGAAAAGAUGGCCUGGGCUGCCCCCUAGUAUUGAGGCUGCCGCAGUGUCUUUGGAAGAUGGAGACUUCUACUUCUUCAAAGGGAAUCGCUGUUGGAGGUUCCAGGGUACGAAGUCCGUGUGGGGGUUCGCACAGCUCUGCCGGGCAGGUGGUCUACCCCGACACCCGGACGCAGCUCUCUUCUUCCCGCCUCUGCGCCGCCUAGUCCUCUUCAAGGGUUCCCGCUACUACGUGCUGGCUCGAGGAGAGAUGCAGGUGGAGCCCUAUUAUCCCCGCAGCCUGCGGGACUGGGCCGGGGUCCCCGAGGAGGUCAGCGGCGCCCUUCCAAGGCCGGAUGGCUCCAUUCUCUUCUUCAGAGAUGACCACUAUUGGCACUUGGAUCAAGCCAAACUGCGGGUGACCAGCUCCGGCCGCUGGGCCACCGAGCUGUCCUGGAUGGGCUGUUGGAAUGCCAACUCAGGAGGUGCCCUGUUCUGAAGGCUCCCUAUCUCUGAAUGAACCGUGGUUGCUGCCGCCUGAGGGACGGGGCCUGUCUGGAAAGCCCCUGAACCUCUCAAGAACCUCUUGAGCAGUAAGGACUCCAAGCAGGAAAUCAGUCUGCAUUUGUUCCUCGGGGUGGAAGGAGAACUAGGGUUCCCAUCGCCUUUUCCCUCAAAGACCUCUUUCCUUCCCACUUGUACAUGUGGGAAGGCGGAUUCUUUCUGUUCUGGUGAAGAUGCUGUCCUGUGCCCAUAGUUCCAAGCCCCGGGAAGAUGCAAAACUCAGCUGAGGCUGGAGACUGCACCUUCAGGACCCUCCCUUUCAGUGCCUUUCCUGCUCAGUUCUGGAAAAUCGAGGGCUCAGUUAUCUCAGACUUCACCCCAGCUCCUAUCCUCAGCAAGUUGGCAUAUGGUGAGGCCUCAAAGAUCCCGCUGUCAGAGACUCUGUUGGAUUAGGAGGCAGAGCGGAAGGGACUGUGUUCCUCCUGGGCCUGACUUGUUGUCUGGGCUAAAGAAGAAGCACCCCCAGCUGCUCACCCUGCAGGUGUAGCCAGCUUAUCUACCCUUCUCAAUAGAAGCACAUGGGUCCCGGGUGUUGGAGACACAAGGACCAUGCUCUUAUAUCCAACCCAGGGACAACCAGCUUCGUAUGGUUAUCAUGGAGAGACGGGGUGAACGUCUCUUUGAAACGCAGAACAUCUCCACCCCAUUUGCUUCCAAGCUGGACAUCAGGAAGAUGAAAGAGGGCCCUUGCAGAGUCCGCUCAGAUGCAGCCUCCAUUGCGCUCGCUCUGCGGGUUGGGUGAGGCCUGUUUGCUUGCAAAGGCCCCAUUCUCCAGGCCACACACACGCAGCAGCAUUCCGAAGCUCCUGCCGGCUAGCCAAGAAUAGCUGGGAUUCCUGGAGAAGGGACCAGCUCCCUGCCUUCCCCUUUUGUCUCAGCCUGUCUCAGUAUUAAUUUUAGCAUCUGGAUCGCCAGCUCUCCCUCCUCCCACUCCAUCUAGCAGUGCCUCUGCAUGCCAGCCUGUGCGAGUGUACACACACACACACACACUGACCACCAACAGUCAGCUCUCAGGGAGGGGAGAAUCGGACAAGGGAGCAGCCCACAGUUCCCCAGAGGCAUUGCUGGCCAUGCGCCGUCCUUUCUUCUCUGUGCGCUGGACAGAAUGGCCUUUGACUGCCCUCGGAUUCAAGUGCUUUGUACUGCCCUGUCCCAGGGAAAACAUGGGGAACCUCCCUGCUAGCCCACUGCUGUCUGGGUUGUACCCAGCGGGAGAGAAAGGAAAGUCCCAUCUUUAUCACUCCAUUCCACCUCAAGAGACUCUGGAGUUAGAGGGAAAGUGGCAAUUUAUUAAGA